UAGGAUCACCGCGGUGGCUAACACGAGCGUGACGAGUCCAGACGACCACUAGGCUACGAAGCUGGUGCUAUUGUGUUUUUGUAACUGUAACUGUAUUUGCUCGCUUAGACGCCGCAUUUACGGUGAGAAUAAAUCGUAAAGAACAGGACUUAUUUCAAAUUUUAACCAAUAACGAUAUCGAAUAAGUACGACUGUUACGACCAUAUGGAAACCAGGCUUAAACAACAAAUACUUCACAAAUUAGACUUCGUGUGUGUUCCGGAUGGACCCGCAAAAUAUCACGUUAAAUUUACUCUUGCGCUUCGAAAAUUUAUAAAAGCAGGCACAGAUAAAGUAAAUAAUCUCAGUAGCAGUGAGAUACGUGUGUGUUCGUACUAUACUCGAGUGAUUUAAUGCUUAAACGCCCGUACAACAGUUACCCUCGGCAUAUCAAAAGUGACGUCAUUUACCGACAAGCCGCUCAGCCAAUACAAGCCAGGGAACGAGGCAAGCUGAAACAGAUUGUAGAGUAUUUAGAGAAUUUAGAACUUAACCAAUGAUUUAUUACUUGUCGUUUUGCUAUCUAAGCUAUAUACUUCCGCAUGAAUACGAUUCAAACACUUGUCUCAUGGAGCUACUUGAUUUUUGUGCUACAAUCUUUGUUUCUCUUGUUGGUCUGUGUUCCUCUGAAAACUUCACCAUCACAAGAAAUGCAACUGAUAAUCUGGACAGGUUUGUCGUACCGCCGUCCUGGUGCGGGAGAUACGAGAAUAAGACGGUGAUGUGUCAGGAAUACAAUGCUCGACCAGUCACUAAUGUGGAGUGUACAUGUCGAUGUAGGAACGAAGCGGCGACGUUUGGCUUUUUCAACAACGUUUGGAGGUGUACGAAGAAUAAGGUGGUUAGAGAAAUAUCAGACUGCACAAAUCUUACAUUGGCCCACGAAAUUGACCAGAAUGCUGUCGUGAAGGUCUUGAGAGACAGUGAGUCGGUUAACCUGACUGAGGCGUUAUACGAUUGGCCAAUUGUAAACAGAUCAAGCCAGCUGACAUGCGAUAGUACUUACAAGGACUUUGAAAACAAGAAGGAGUUCAAGUUUGAUAACAAACCACACAUCGGAACUCCGUCAACGUUCAUUUUCUAUAAGUUUACGCGUCUGGAAGGACCAUCAGCAUUGCAAGGUCACGUGAUACGCAUCGUGUAUAUUUAUUACCUUCGAAAGGAGACCCUUCCAGCAUGCUUUAUGGUGAAAAUGGAAGGCAGCGUGACAUGCCCAGCGCCAGACCUGCCAUCCUCGAUCACCUUGACAAUAUCACCACAAAAAACCGCAACAAAACCUUCAACUUUUCAACCACAAUCUUCAACUCGACAUCCACUUACAUCCAUAACCACACGCACCACCCCUAUCAAACCCUCACCCAGUACCACCCCUAUCAAACCCUCACCCAGCACCACCCCUAUCAAACCCUCACCCAGCACCACCCCUAUCAAACCCUCACCCAGUACCACCAGCACCACGCCUGGAGUGCAUGACCGAGGGGGCAGGGUCCAGCAUCAAGGUCGUGACGAGUCUGGCAUGGCAGCCAUCAUCUCCGGGGUCGUCGCCGCUAUUGUUGUACUUCUUGUCCUGGCUAUCAUAGCGGCCUUGUGGUACAGAAGAAGACGAUUGAAUGACACAGCAGAAGAAAGAAGCGACCAGCCCAGGGCUUCCGAUGGUGUCUUUAACUUUGCCAUUACACAUGACGAAAAUAACUACGCCUUGCCCAUACCACAAGAAAGGCACAAAAGAAUGCCGAUAGAAAGUGUUUACAACGAGCCUUAUAGCGAUACCAGGAAUCUACUGACACUUCAGAACUUGCAGAGGGGAGAGGCGCAAUCUACGCCGGAUGUCGAGGGACCAAUAUAUAGCGCCAUAGAAGAACCAAAUAAUAAGGGUUCUCACGACGACCAACCCGGUGUUGCGCCUGCCUAUGGAGUACUUGAGGGAAUGUAUUCUGAAGGUGCUCAAAACCCUCAACCUGUGGAAGGUCCCGUAUACGGGGUCCUCGAGGGACCAAACUCGGAUGAAUUGGAUUCAAUCUACAAUCGCCCUCUUGACGUGAUAGACUCUGACCAUGAUGGAGCUGAAGGGGUCAAUGAUGAGCAGUCCAAAAAAGGUCCUGUAUACGGGGUCCUCGAGGGACCAGACUCGGAGCAACUGAAUUCAGUUUACCACAGCCCUCUUGACGUGAUAGAGUCCAACCCAAGAGCGUCCGGGGUGUACAAUGACCUUGUGAACCCUGCUAAUCCAGUCUAUGAGCCACUCAGGAAGGAUGAGUAAAAAGAUGCUGACAUUAGUCUUAGGUCAACAAGCCAAGUCUGGGGCAUUUCCUUUUUUUUUGGAAAAUAGGGAAAAAGUAUCAGACCCUUACCUAUAAGUACAUGUUAUAUGAACGCCUUAGCAUCAGUUACUGUAGGCUUAAAAGAUAAAUAACGAAGGGAAUCUUGUAUAAAAUAUGAAUCAUUUUUUUAUAGAUCUCUAUAUUGCUUUUGUCAAAGGAACAGGAGGAUUAAAUUUGUUAUCACUCUAAACUACCUAAGUAAGAAAUGCAUUAAUUACAGAUAGUAGGUAGACAAAUGUAAUUGUAGUAAAUAUCUAAAUAUCUAUCAUUCUACACGCACACGUCACAAUCCAUGUGAAUAUGUACAAAACCCAUAAAGUUGUGCAUAUUAUAUAGGAAUAUGGAUAAGGCUUAUUUAUCACACAUUAUGAUAUGCAAUCGAAGAUCUUUUAAAAUUAGUUGUUGCGCGACCUCGUCUAAUCCAGGAAUACCAGUGACGCCCUGUAAAUACAUAGUGCGGGUGCAUUAAGACUAAACAUUUUAGAGAAAGAAUCCAUGGGAAUAUCUCUUCUGGCCUCCCUUGUAUUCUUGUUAAGCCUGCUUUACUCACUUCUUACUCCUGAUUACAUUAAAAUCCAAAAUAAGUAUAAUUUAAAUUAUAUUUACUGAUAUGUAGUACAUAUUUUAUGUAAGUGUUAGGUACCUAGGACGCAACCCUAAGGCUGUUAUAUGGCAAAAAUGGAAAAAAAAUUGUGGUCACAAGGGCAACAAUGGCACCUACUCUGGCCAAAUCUAUGGACAAGGACAUAACAAACUUCACUAUAUUUGCGGAAGUAAUUGGGGAUGCUUUUAGUAUCCAGUGGGCAGUCAUUCCCUCGCGAUUCCAGUCGUUCUCGAGGUUGAAAAGGUCUUUUUUAUUUCUUGUUUCACACCGUUACCCCUCCCCCCCAAGGAAUUCAUUUUAUACCCAUAACCUGUCGCAUAUCAUCCAACAAUCGUACUGCUAGGUAGAGGAUAGCUCAUUGUUACACUCAAUUUUGGAAGCCAGGAAACUUACACUGGGGCUCAGUGCAACGUGAUGCCAGAAAAUACCAAAUAAACCAGGAUUAGAGCAAUUUGUAUGGGACUUGGUCCAGAACGUGCCGACCCUUUUGGGUCAAUACUCAAAAAAGUUGUUAAAAAAACUCAAGCCGACCGUUUGGCGGUAUCCAAGUCCCUCUCAAAGAAAAAUCUAUCUUGGGAAUAGCAUCAAUUGGAAGAAACAGAGAGCUUGGGCUACCUGUGGAAUAUCGAGGCACUGUUUCAAAGUGCGUUUCAGUCAGGGAGAGCACGUGACAUAAAUCCCGGUGCAAACGGCGGCAACAUCAACCAGUUUAACCUUUUACCCCACGCGUAAGUCUCCUUCCGUUCCAUUGCGAGAUGGAAGGGGCCAGCAAGCCCUUUGUAUUUUGAUCACGCCACUAAAAUCUAAUUUAGCGAGUUCUUACCUGGAAGGCCUUUGCGUCCUUGCAGAUGCAGGAAAAUAACUGCCAUUUAUAAGAGACGUGUGCUGAUACGUGCGAAUAUGAAAACUUGCGACUUGGCGGGCGGCCUCGAUGUCAGAUUUCAGGGCUUCUGGGUAGUUUUCUUGAAUCUAGCAUUCUAUUCAAAAUUUUCAGAAUACGAGUACAUUGUGCGUCAUUAAUUACGAGUACAUUUAUGCGUCAUUAAUUCACAAACGACACGAUUAAAAUUGCACAAAUC